CCGGAUGGGUUGAGAGCAGCACCGAGACCGGAUGGUUCCGUCGCUAAACUUCGGGCUGGUGCAAACUUGGCAGCUCAGCCCGGUAUGAUCGUUUGCAACGUGAGCCUGAGCUGUGCGCACUGUCCCGGGGGAGGAGCCGGUGGCACGGCGGCGACGACGGCGGCGGACGCGUACGAGGAGGUGUCCGGUUCUCUCCCUCCUCCGUCCCUGACCCCGAGAGGGCACCUGGUGGUGGCGGUGUGCCUCGGCUUCAUCGGCACCUUCGGGUUCCUCAGUAACUUCUUGGUGCUUGCGCUGUUUUGUCGGUACCGGGCUCUGCGCACGCCCAUGAACCUCCUGCUGGUGAGCAUCUCCGCGAGCGACCUGCUGGUCAGCGUGCUGGGCACCCCGUUCAGCUUCGCGGCCAGCACCCAGGGGCGGUGGCUGAUCGGACGCGCUGGGUGCGUUUGGUAUGGAUUCGUCAACGCCUGUUUAGGCAUCGUCUCCCUGAUCUCCUUGGCCGUUCUGUCCUAUGAGCGUUACUGCACCAUGAUGAAGCCCACCAUAGCCGACGGCAGGGACUUCCGCCCUGCGCUGGGAGGAAUCUGCUUCUCUUGGCUCUACUCUGUGGCCUGGACUGUACCCCCGCUGCUGGGCUGGAGCAGAUACGGGCCUGAGGGCCCCGGCACCACCUGCUCAGUGGACUGGAGCACUCAGACGCCAAACAAUAUCUCCUACAUCGUCUGCCUGUUCACCUUCUGCCUGGUCCUGCCGUUCAGCGUCAUCCUCUACUCCUACAGCAAGCUGCUGCACGCCAUCAAACAGGUCCGCAGUGUGAGUUCAGUGGUGACUCGCCGCAGAGAGCAGCGGGUGCUGGUGAUGGUCGUUACGAUGGUGGUGUGCUACCUGGUGUGCUGGCUUCCCUACGGAGUGGCGGCUCUACUUGCUACUUUUGGCCCCCGUGACAUUAUAACACCGGAGGCGAGCAUCACGCCGUCGCUGCUGGCCAAGUUCUCCACUGUCAUCAAUCCUUUUAUCUAUAUAUUCAUGAACAAGCAGUUCUACAGGUGUUUCAGGGCGUUCAUUAGCUGCUCUAUCCCCGAGCGAGGCUCCACCUUAAAGACAUUUUCCCGGCCGACCAAGACGCUCCGCACUGUCCGCCAGGAGAGGGAGCACCACGUUUCCGCUCCGGCCCCCUCCUCAGCUCUGCCAACACCCAACUCUGUCCACGAGUCCUCGGACGGAGCCAAUCACGUCACUCCAUCCCCUCCUCCAUCGAAUCGACACUCUGUUGCUUCCCACACCCCUGCUGCUAACACCUCCAAACCCAAACUGAUUCUAGUGGCUCACUACAGGGAAUAAAAACAAAUCAACAACAACAGGAGCUCAGUGUUUACAAAAGGAAAGCAGGGCGCUGGUCCCCAGUUAACAACCAAAUCCUCUCAAUAGUAGAAAGGUCAGAGUCGCAGUGGGAGUUUUAAACACAAGCUGGGACCUUUUAAUCCCAGAACAGGUUAUCAUUGCUUUAUGAAGUCAGCAAACAGGGACACACACAAAAUGCCAGUCUCAUCCUGUUUACAUGAGGUGCUGUACGCACAGCAGGAGAACAGGGCCUCAUGUUCAGAUUAUACACGAAAAAAGCCACAUAAAUAGGUCAAGCUUUUAGCUUGUAUUGACAAAGUAUGUUUGUUAUGUAACUAAAUAAUGUUCUUUCUUAAUCUGAGAAAUUAUUCAGGAACAAUUUGAGAAAGCACAGCGUUCUUUGGUGGAGAUUUCAUAAAUUGUUUUUUUUUUUGUAAACGGGGCAAUGAGUUAUUUUGUCGGCUCUUCUUUCUGUUCCUUUUUUUGGUGAUAAUUCUGUUGAAGAAGCGGGGUAAGCGUUUUUUUCCUGACCCCAUUUCCAUGCCUGAUAUUUGAGGAUUUGAUACAGAGUAUUAAAGAUUUGUGGAGCAAUUUUAUGCAAUUUAAAGCUGAGAAGGUUUUUAUUAUGUCUUUAUUUACACUUUUCAGAGUGUAGGCCCUCUGUCGUUAGUGCUGGGACUGUUACGGAAGCCAUUAAAGGACAUUUCACAAUGUUAUGAGGGACAUAAAGAGAUUUCACUGAUUUGGAUUGUCUUGAUGUUUCUGCUGUUUCUCUUUGUGAAAUGGAAAUGUGGUUUUGUGUUGU